GGUACCAAAACGCCCAUUUGAGCCCGUGCGGGGAUUUACGGGGGCCCACGCUGAGCACGACGGUACUUCCGUAAGGUGAAUCCGGGGUUACUUCAAAAUGAUCCUCCUUACCUUAUCCCUCAUCUGGGUCAAGUCCAUCCCUCGGGUUCGCUGGAUGCCACGGUUUUGUUUCUUAUUACCCUCCCUAAGCCCCCGCCAUCGCCCUUCAUUCAGCUCUCUUCAGCCCGUCUCUUCUUCAUUUAGCCAUUGUAUACUGACCUCCACCUUCCCGCCAAGUCAUGGCCGGUCGUCGUUAACCACGUCUUCCACAUUCUCCCCCACAUUCAUUCCUACUUCGUACUACAGUAGCCCCUUUCUUUGGAAUAAUCUCGAACCAAGCCCACCCACCGAACCCCCGCCGCGAUAACCAUAUCAGCACAUAUCCUUGGACUUAACGUUUCCGCGCAGCCGGUAUGCCUUCCGGCGAAUAACUACAGCAACGAAUAACUUGGACUAUUAACCCCUUUCCUGGCUACAUUUUGACCCUGUGAGAGCCGCCAUCGCCGACACUUGGAUCCCGGCAUAUCCCAUGUCCCGCUCU